UCCUUGUUUCUGAAUUAAAUCUGCAGUCCCUUCUGUCUCUAAUCUAUACUCGUGUUUGUUCUUGAAUGGAGGUACGUUAAUUUAGUUGUCUGAAAGGGUGGUUUCCCUUGUGGAGAAGAGAAGGAUUAAAAGAGUGGAGGGAAGGGAGAAGGGGGCGGUAGUUCAUGACUGCCCACAAUGCUAUUCGUUACACAGUCGAGUCGAGUGCUGCCCUGCGCAGUUGAAGUCAACUCCUCGCUGGUGAUUCCUAACGAUCAUGAUGAAACCAUUCCAAGGAAUAAAUGUGCUUCAUUAAUAAGGAUGGUCUGUUCAUUUAGAAGAUACCUGUGGCUUCGUUCCAAUCAUCAACUCAUUUCCAAGAACUGGCAACCGAAAAUAUUUAAAAUGAGUGCUUCUGUAAUCAGCAGAGAAUUGUCCCUGAAGCAGAAGUGUCUGGAGAUAUUUCGAACUGCAAUCAAUAGCGUUCUGCCUCAAAACAUAAUCAAGAAUAAUAUUAGCAUGGAAGGAAAUAGGCUGCUGAUAAAAAAUCAGUCUUUCCCAAUCCAUAAUAAUGUCCAUGUUGCUGGAUUUGGGAAGGCUGUGAUGGGAAUGGCAGCUGCUGUGGAACAGAUACUGGGAGACCACUUGGUCCAAGGAGUGAUCAGUGUUCCUCUUGGAAUUCAGAAGGUUCUUCGGCUGGCUGGGAAAGAGGAGAUGCUUUUAAGACCUCAGACAAAGAUACAGGUACAGGAAGGAGCCCAACAUAAUCUUCCUGAUGACAAUGCUUUGAAGGCAGCUAAAAGGAUCCAUCACUUAGCAGAAGGACUUACUGAAAACGAUUUGUUACUUGUGCUUAUCUCAGGAGGGGGAUCUGCUUUAUUGCCGGCGCCUAUCCCCCCUGUCACUUUGGAGGAGAAACUGUAUCUGACAAAACAACUUGCUUCCAAAGGCGCAACUAUUCAGGAACUCAACACAGUUCGCAAGUCACUCUCUCUGCUGAAGGGUGGAGGUUUGGCCAGAGCUGCCUAUCCCGCACAGGUGGUGAGCCUUAUUUUAUCCGAUAUCAUUGGAGACAAUUUGGAGUUCAUAGCCAGUGGCCCAACCCUACCUAACUUGCAAAGUAAGGAAGAUAGUUGUAAGAUUUUGUCAAAAUAUAACUUGGUAUCAUCCAUGCCAGAAAAUGUGAAAGAAGUUCUUUCUCAACCUAGCACAAGAAUGCACCAAGAGGAAAUCCAAGAUUAUGCUCAUGUUUUUAAUUUUAUUGUGGGAUCAAAUGCAAUUGCCUUGGAGGAAGCUAAAUGUAAAUCUGAGAGCUUAGGUUACAUUACCUCUAUUCUGUCUACUGGAGUGAGUGGAGAUGUCACAACUGUGGCUAGACUGUUCAGUCUUUUGAUCAGAUACGUGUGUUCAGUUCUGGCAGUGCAUGGUUCACAAUGUGCACAGGCAAGCAGUCUGAAAGAUGAGAUGCUGCAGAUCAUUGGAAGCCUGCAGCUCCCUGAUUUUCGUUUGGACAGCUGCUUGGAGAACGCGCUGAGCUCUGGAAAACCACUCUGCCUUUUGGCAGGAGGUGAAACUACAGUUCAGCUUCGGGGCAGAGGGAAAGGGGGUCGAAAUCAGGAGAUGGCCUUGCGUGUGGCUGUGGAACUGCACCAAGCAAAGUCAAUGACUCCGCACGAUCCCUUUGCAAAACAUGAAAUUGUUUUUCUCAGUGGCGGGACCGAUGGACAAGAUGGACCUACCGAAGCAGCUGGAGGAUUCGCUUACACUGAAAUGGUUGAAAAUGCUUUCCGUGAAGGGCUCAAUGUCGAGGAUUUCUUAAAUAACAAUGAUUCUUUUACUUUCUUCAGCAAGUUCAACAAAGGAGCAGAUCUAAUCAUGACAGGCCUGACAAGUACCAAUGUCAUGGAUGUACAGGCAAUUAUUAUCCAACCAAAGGAAACUUGAGUAUCAGAUCAAUGCUAAACUGAGGAAAAAAAUAAAGUAAAUAAAAAAAAUAAUAUUAA